ACAAAAAACAAGCUUAUCAGCAAGUAUACCUUUUUGUGUAUUUUUUUGUGCUCUUUCCGAUGGCGCAGUUAAUUUUUUCAAAUAUAUUUUUUGUUAGAUGUUUUCAGAAAACCCGGAGAAAAUCAUAUGGGAAAAAAUUUUAAAAAAACUACGCCUUCCGGUUUCCUGCGAAUUCCCGAAAAAUUAUGGCAGAUGUCGCCGCGGGACUUAUUUUAUUUGAGAGCCAACAAAAAAAUACGCAACUUCUCUCAUGGGCACAUUUGUCUAACAUUUAUAAUUUCGCCACAAAUUCAUCGCAAAUUUCAUGUUCAUGGUUCUGAUCAAAGAAACGAAAAAACUUUUUGGUAAAAGCACUUCUGGCGGCGAGAAAUUCGCCAUUAAAACUACCUGUGCAAUGAAUUUCCGAACUAUUUUUGCCUCCUCUUUCGAUUGGUGCAUUUAUUUUUACUAUCAGAAUGAUACUUGCCCAGAUAAUUAGCAUUUUUACCAUGGAAAAUUCCGGAAAACCCGGUUUUUCCUAAUUUAAAAAAAUUGAAGAACAACUACAUCUUUUUUUUUUCUUUUUUUUUUUCGGAAAGAUCACAUCAAAAUACACAAGAUCCACGUUGUUUCAUUCAAUUACAAAUUAAUGUAAGCUCGAAGGGGCUUUUUUUCGUUAUUUAAUUGGACUUACAGCCGAUUUAAUUCCCACUCGUAACUUCAAAAUCCUAUCACUCAAAAUUUUUUUUUAGUCGUGGACUUACUAUUUUGUUUUUGAACCGUAUUUUUUUUUUUUUUCGCAAGAUCACGCAAAUUUGAGUUUUUGAAAUUUCUAGUAUUUCUAUUUUUUUAAGGUAUGAAAUCAAUUCAAUCUUUAAAGGGCUAGUUUUAAAUUUUCUUAGUUUGUAAUAAUUGUUAAUAUCUUUAUACUAAAUUUGCACGUUUUAUAGAUUUUUAAGCUUUUGUAUGAUACUAUCAAGAUCAAGGAUGUCAAUAUUAAGACCAAAUAUUAAUAUAUUUUUUUUUGUCGUAAAAUUACUAAAAAGUAACGGAAAUUAAAGAUCUCCGAUAAACCAUAUCAAUUUUUUAUCUGUGAUUAUUCAAAUAUAUCUAAUUAAUAAUGUCAAGUACAACAGUCAGGCAUAUAAAUACAUGUUAGUGAAUAAAACAAAGUAUAUUAUUCGUUUACAUAUGGCCCGGGUAAGAAUAUAAAAUGGAUGUAAGGGUGAUAAUUUUAGUGUGUGUAUCUUUAACAGGAAUUGUAGCCAAUCCUGUUAAUGAAAAUGAAAAUAAAGUGGGUUGUUUGGUUUGCCAUCCCGUGGUAGAUAAUAAAAUAAAUGUCCAUUUGAUACCGCAUUCCCAUGAUGACGUGGGAUGGUUAAAGACAGUAGAACAGUAUUAUUAUGGCACGGACACCUAUACCAAACACGCUGGAGUUCAAUCUAUCAUAACAUCAGUGUACGAAGCAUUAUUAGAAAAUCCCGAUAGAAGGUUUAUGCAAGUUGAAACACAGUACUUCUGGCUAUGGUGGAAAGAUCAGAAUGAAGAUACCAGAAGCAAGUACAAAAAAUUAGUAGAGAACGGUCAAAUAGAGAUGGCCAAUGGAGCAUGGUCUAUGAACGAUGAAGCUUGUGCCAACUAUCAAUCAACCAUUGAUCAGUAUACUUGGGGGUUAAGGACCUUGAGCGACACUGUCGGAGACUGUGGAAGACCGAGAGUUGGUUGGCAAAUUGAUCCAUUCGGUCACAGUAGAGAACAGGCAUCACUGUUGUCCCAAUUUGGAUAUGAUGCUAUGAUUUUCGCUAGAUUGGAUCACGAUGAUAAGAUUCACAGAAUGAAGAAUAAAAGCAUGGAUUUUGCUUGGCAGGGAAGCCAAAACUUAGUCUUAUUAUAUGAACUAUACGAACUUUUCUCUUGCUUGCAUAUUUUGAAAUGUACAAACAGCUCUUCAAAUUCCAUUUCCUUUAGUCUCCUAGAGUGUCUUAUGUAUAAAACCACUGGGAAUUGUGUACAUACUGAACAUGAAGUGAAAACCUUUACCACACUUACUAAAAGUUAUGCAAAUUACUUUUCUACCAAUAAUAUCAUUAUUCCUAUGGGUGGCGACUUUCAAUUUGAAGCUGCUGAAAAAAAUUACAAUAAUAUGGACAAGUUUAUAAAGGCAUUCGAAGGAAAUUCUGAAAUAAACGUCAUCUAUUCAACGCCAUCUUGUUACAUAAAAGCUGUAAAUGACGCAAUUGAUACAGAGUUGACGCUAAAAACAGAUGAUUUUUUCCCGUACAGUAACAAUAAACAUUCAUUUUGGACUGGAUACUUUACCUCCAGGCCUAAUUCCAAAAGGUUUGAAAGAACUGGCCAUAAUAUUCUUCAAGCUACCAAACAGUUGUUCGCUCAAAAUUCCUUUCUUACUAAUAAAAUUUUUGAUGAAAACUUAAGAUAUUUGAGAGAAGUGAUGGGCAUAAUGCAACACCACGAUGCUAUCACUGGCACAGAGAAGCAACAUGUUGCUAAUGACUAUGUUAAAAGACUGACUAGAGGAAUUGAAUAUGCUGAAAAUGGAUUAGGUAAAAUUGUCGAUGAAUUACUGGGAAACGAUUUGAAUCUAGAUCUUACCUCAUGUCUUCUGAGCAACAUUAGUAUAUGUACGGUGUCUCAGUCUGCAGAUCAAUUUAUUACAGUUGUUUACAAUCCCUUAGCAUGGGAAAUCACUCACUACGUUAGGCUACCAGUAGAAGAAGGAACAUAUGAAGUAAAUGGAGGUGAUAUACCUCACGAUUUAAUACCAACUAUAAACGAUUUUAACUACGUUGUACUAAAAGAAGGUACACCAAGCGCAUAUGAACUAGUAUUUGCAGCUAAAGAACUACCUCCACUGGGUCUUAAAAUUUACCACGUCAAGAAAACAUCUGAUAAACUAUCAGAAGAUAAAUCAACCGAUACAUUCAAAUCAAAAGCUUUUAAAAUUGGUAACAACAACCUUUUGGCUUCCGUUACCCUAAAUGGCAAUAAUUAUGGUCUUACUCAAAAUUUUAAAUAUUACUUCAGUGAAACUGGAGAAGAUGAUUAUUCGUUUAUUGCUUCUGGAGCUUAUAUUUUUAGGCCUACUAAGGAAGAACCUGAAUCUCUUGAUAACAUUGAAAUUACUUACAGUAUUAAUGGUAAUGUUGUGGAUGAAGUCCAUCAGAAGUGGACUGAAGGUGCUGUGGACAUACUCCAGAUUAUUAGGUGGUACCAUGAUGAGGAUUAUUUGGAAUUUGACUGGAUCGUUGGUAAUAUUGAUGUUACAAAGGUUCGACAAGGCAAGGAAAUCAUCACCAAAUUUACCGUAACUGACGAUUUUAACAAUGGUAACAACUUCUACACAGAUUCAAACGGUAGAGAAAUGUUAAAAAGAACUAAAAACAGUAGACCGGAUUACAGUUAUAACGCAACUAUUGAGCCUGUUGCUGGAAAUUAUUACCCGGUAACUUCUAAAAUAGUUAUGAAAGAUGACAGUAAAGACAUAGAAAUUGCUGUAUUGACCGAUAGAUCGCAAGGUGGAUCUAGUUUGAAAACCAAUGAAUUAGAAUUGAUGGUACAUAGAAGACUUUUAAAAGAUGAUGGCAAAGGAGUUGGGGAGAGUUUAAACGAAGUAGAAUUUCAGAGGGGAAUCUAUGUUAGAGGAUCUCACUAUUUGAUAGUAGGAAAGGCUAGCGGUUCCAAUGCUAAUGGUAAAACAACAGCUGCUUUGGAACGUAUUUUGGCCCAAAAGAAACUGGUCCAGCCCUGGAUAGGGGUCGCUGAAACUGAUAAAUCGUAUGAUGAAUUGAAAGAAGAUGCCAAAUUAACAUAUGAAGGCUUAGAAUCAUCCCUUCCAGAAAAUGUAAAUAUUCUGACGUUUGAACCAUGGACAGAAAAGGAAUAUCUUUUAAGGUUGGAACACAUCAUGGAGAAGAAUGAUGAUGUUAACUUAUCAAAAUCAGUUACUGUAGAUAUUGCUGUAAGUAAAUUUAGGGAAUUUUAUAUUGAACAAUCCGAAUUUUCCAUUAGCAAUUGUAGUGCUGAUAAUCAUUUUUUGAAAGCAUGCUUAUGGUCCCUGUCUCUUUUUUUCGACAGUUUCACUCUUUUAAAUCUAGGCCUUUCCAAUUCUGAUUUGACAUUGGAUAAUAACAAAAAUCACAUGAGGAGGAAUCUGGGGUAUAGGAAUGCUUUCAAACAUUUUGCCAUAGAAAAAAUGACCGAAACUACUUUAGCAGCUAACGAAUUAUUAGCACAUUACCAGAGAAGAAAGAAGUACACCUGGAAAACGAACAAACCUCAAGUUUCUAAAACAUUGAUAACAGGCGAAGCUGAUGAUGAUGAUGCUCUAGCACCUAUCUCACUUAAACCCAUGCAGAUUAGGACAUUUAUUGUUAAAUUAACGAACAAGCAAGAUAUUCCAGUAGAUGAUUUUGGAGUCAUGUUGAAACCAGUAACGUCGAUAAUAAUUUUAAUAGCUAUCCUAGCAUAUCUUUUAUAAAUAACUAAAAAUAUAUUGUGGACAUUGUUUUAAAAAUACAGAUUUUUUAAAUUUU